UCGCGGAUACUCAGCUUCCACUUGACAGUAGUCUCACGAAAGAAGUCUUGGGUGUCUGUGGUACAUCAGCGCGUUGACAAAUCUUCGACCAGCCGUGGGAGACCAGUGAAAAACGCAAGGUUACCAUGCCGGACACGGUGUGAAGUAUAUUCGUGUUUUUGAUAGCAUUGACGAUUGAUUGUUGCGAAUUCUUUUAAAAGGUGCGGGAGUGUUUAUUUUGUGUAUGUGUAGUAUGCUGCAUUAGGUCCUUUUGUAUUUAGUUUAUGGAUUAUUUAAUGAAGAUGGACUGGACAUUUUUAGUUGCCAUAUUAUUGUAUAUAAGUAGAAUAGACUGUUUGGAAUUUCAACCAUGUUCAGAAAUAUCGCGAGAUCUGUGGUUUCCUUGUGAAUGUGCUUUGGGGCCAAUAGAAGCCGAACUUGAUGGUAAUCCCGCGAUAUACAUGAACUGUGACAAAGUUGUAUUUCCUGGAGAUUUGCCGCAAUUACCUUAUGGUGCCCCCAUAGUCUCGUUCAGUCAACGGUGGGCUGGUCAUCAGUCUCUUCCCACACAGGUAUUUUCAACAUCAAGCCUUCCGCUGAGGAGCAUUGACUUAUCGGGCAACUCACUGAGACGACUUACAGAAAGAUUACUACUAGGUCUUCAGUCUACUUUGGUAGAACUAAAAUUGGCUGAUAACCUAUUGGGGGACACCCUUAAUCCAAUAUUCUCAAGCAGCGAAUUCCAUGGAUUAACUCAUUUACAAUUGUUGGACCUGAGUGGUAACCAAAUUAAGGCAAUGGAAGAAGGCAUUCUGGAAGGAUGUAAAAAUUUGAAAGAACUGUACUUAGACAGAAAUAGUAUGUAUUAUAUACCCAGUUCAUCUUUAAAUGGGCCUGCAUCACUCAGAAUAUUAUCUUUAAGGAACAAUAGAAUAGAUGUGAUCAAAUCAGAGGCUUUUGUUGCACAACCAAAUUUAGAGGCAAUCGACCUACAAAAUAACAUUAUAGCGGGGAUCGAAGGCGGUGCAUUCAAUGGUCUGGACAACCUAAGAAGACUGAAUAUUGCCCAUAACCGAUUAUCGAGAUUCAACAGUGACGUUUUCCAAGGAGCAGAUAACGUACAAGCAUUGGACUUAUCCGAAAACUUCAUCGUUGAAUUUCCAACGAUUGCCCUUAAGGCUUUCUCUAAUUUGAGAUAUUUAAACUUGUCAUCUAAUUUAAUUCAGAGCAUGGAUAACAACGAUCUACUUGCCCUUUCUACUUUAUAUCAACUCAAUCUCAGCAGAAAUAAUUUGGCGAACAUAUCUCCCGGAACAUUUUUGGGCCUGAAACAAUUACGUCGACUUGACAUUAGCGUUAACUCUUUAAGAACAAUUGAAGACGAUGCUUUUGAAGGCUUGGAUAACUUGGAGUAUCUUAAUUUGAAAGACAAUAACAUUCUACUAAUUCCUGCUUCAGCCUUAGGGCGUCUUCCAAAACUGGCUUCGUUGCAACUAGACUAUAACAGAGUGGCAGCACUUUCUGGUGACAUAUUUAGAUCAAUUGCAGAAAAAGUCACAAAACUUAUUCUUUCCAAAAACGUCGUACGUGAAUUACCUGCUGCGUCUUUCCAAUAUUUCCAACAUCUUGAGUAUUUGGAUCUUACCAGAAACUUAUUAGCAGUGCUCAACACCGACGCCUUCUCUGGACUUGAGACUACACUUACUCAUUUAUAUCUAUCUGAAAACAGAAUUGGAAGUAUCGCUGGCCCACCGUUGGCUUUGAUGAAAUUAAGCGUAUUGGAUUUGAGUGAAAAUCAGUUAACUGAGCUAUCCAGAAACGCAUUCACUGCCCUACCGGAAUUAAAAUACCUCAAUUUGAGCCAUAAUGCUCAUUUGAUAAAUCUUCCCUCGAACAUUUUCCACAAACUGACUUCAUUGAAAGUUAUAGAUUUGAGUUAUACUGGCCUGAAAACAUUGCCAGCUGAUUUGUUGUCUAAAUCAACCAGUAUUCAGUCUAUUUAUUGUUCUAAUAAUGGAAUCACUGAAAUAUCUGACGGAGUUUUCUCGAACUUGCUAAACUUGACUACUGUCGAUUUGUCAUAUAACUCCAUAAACAAUAUUCGCCCAAGUGCCUUUGUUAAUGUUAUGAAUAUAAGAAAAUUGAUUUUAAAAGGUAACCAACUCAAUUCAUUCAAAGGAGAAUUCUUUAACACUGGAACUAGUUUAGAAUUUCUAGAUAUAUCAGACAAUCAACUAAGUUAUCUGUUCCCAUCUUCGUUUAGGAUACAUCCUAGAUUAAAAGAAAUACGGGCAGCUAAUAAUAAAUUUAAUUUCUUCCCCGCUGAACUUAUUGCCACUUUGCAAUUUUUAAAUUUCGUUGAUUUAUCUGGGAAUGAACUUAAAACUGUUGAUGAGUUAGAUUUCGCUAGAUUACCCAGAUUGCGAACUCUCCUUUUGGCUAAUAAUAAUUUAGAGUAUGUAAGCGAGAUGGCCUUCCAUAAUUCGACACAAUUACAAGUAUUGGAUUUAAGCUAUAACAAGUUGGAUAGAUUAGGAGAGAGAACUUUUGAAGGAUUGGUGCGACUGGAACUGUUAAACUUGGAAGGAAACUUAUUAAACGACUUGCCGGAAACUAUUUUCGAAAGGGCGCGAAUUCAAAUGCUAGAAAAUAUCAAUCUGGCCAAAAAUUUAUUCGAAGUGGCUCCAUUAAAAUCUUUACAAAGGCAAUACUUUUUCGUAUCUUCCGUUGAUUUAUCCCAUAAUAAAUUGAAAGAUAUUCCAGCUGACGAUAGUAUCAUGGUGAAUAUAAAAAACUUGGACUUAUCUUUUAAUCCUUUAUCGCCAGAAGCAGUUACGAAUGUUUUGGGAGAACCAAAAACUGUUAGAGAAUUAAAUCUCGCAGGUACUGGAAUUACUGAGGUAGCAAACUUAGAAACACCUUUCUUGAACUACUUAAAUCUGUCAUAUAAUAAUAUUAGCAUGUUAGAUGAAAAAGUAUUUGAAAGAACUACAUUAUUGGAAACACUGGAUCUGUCAAAUAAUGAGAUUUCAGAUAUAUCUAACUAUUCAAAAAUAUGGGAUAUGCUUCACAACCUGCAAACGUUAAACUUGUCGGUUAAUCCAAUAAUAACUAUAUCUCAAAGCGAUUUGGAAGGUUUGGACUCGUUAAGGCAUUUAAGUAUACACACAUUGAAUCAAUGUGAAAGGAUUGAAAAGAAUGCAUUUAAAUCAGUACCCAGCCUUUCUGUGUUAGAAGCAUACGAUUAUCCCAAACUUGGUUAUUUAGAUGUACAAGGUUUACUUCAAAAUGUGCCCACAUUGGAACAAAUAAAUAUUGAAACAAAAGAUGCUGCUAUUGGAAGUGACCAGUUACAAUCUGUAUUACACCCGAGGUUAAAUGAAUUAGGAAUCCGAGGCGAACGUUUAAGGAGCAUAUCAUCUGGCGCUUUGUCUGGAAUAAAAUGUGGAAGCAUCACAAUUAGGCUGAGGAAUACCUCGUUGACAUCUUUGCCGCCAGCUUUAUUCUUUUCUGUACCACGAUCCUCCAAAAUUAUCUUGGACGUUACUGGAAGUGAGUUGACCACAUUAAGCGCACAAGUCUUGGCCACCUUAGAAGACCGUAGAGGCGACUUACGUAUAGUAGGUUUGGAAUCCAACCCCGUAAUAUGUGAUUGCAGUGCUAGAGCACUCAGGAGGUGGUUACCCUCACACAUGACGACAAUUCGUUGCUCCGGUCCUGAACAUCUGGUUGGAAAACUGUUAGUAGAAAUUGGGGAUGACGAACUAACAUGUGACCCAAGGAAAAUUACCACAGCAACUUCAACGCAGUCAACCUCUAUUUACACUAGAGUCACAAGACCACAAACUAAAAUGACCGAACCUGAAAUUAUUUGGUCUCUGCCAGCAACAGAAAAAACAAAAGUCAACAACAAGAAACCGAUAACAGGGCAAACGACACUUAACAACGACGAUACUUUGAUAAUUGGCAUAGUGGGUGGUGUAGUUGCUUUCAUAGCAAUUCUAAUAAUAAUUAUAUGCAUAAUUCGUUUACGGAUGACAAGUAACCAAUAUAGAGGAGGACCAUUGGCUAAUGGGACACCAGUUUUGGGUCCACCAGUAAUGGGACCUGGAAGUAGUUGUGCGUGCAGUGUAAAAGGCGCACCUCCAGUUUAUGCGGCCUACGCAGCUCCCGGAUAUGCCGCGACGCUACCUCACAAAUUACAGAACGUUUCGGUUGCUCCAACCAUGAGACCUUCGAAUUAUUCCACAAUGGGCAGAGUCCCAUAUUAUCAGGGCAAUGGUCAGCCGUAUUUCAUUGCGUUCCCGUCAGAUGAGAAAAUUUAUCGGUAGCCUAUAACUUAUCACGCCAUAGGAUACGUUAGCAAUACAUUAAUUUAAGAUUAAAGUGUGGACAGCUCUAUCGUAACGUUUUUGUAUGUAUACAACUUUACAUGAUGUUAAUUAAUGGAAAUAACAUCCUGUACAAAUGUGUAUUUUAUUAAUUUUGUUGAAAAGAUUUAUAUAUUUAAUAAAUAUUUUAUUUAUAUUACAAAAUUGUUG